AUUCAGUCAAGCUAACCAGCUACGGCACACCGGAAAAUUCAGCAGUAAAGGCAUGGCAAAUGUAUUCUUCUGUCUACUCAUCUGCUCCUAUAAGGAGUGGAAAGAAAUCUCUGACUAUACAGCCUGCCAGACUCGACAAAGGAUGCCACAAUAUUGCUCAAUUCACAGCACUACAACAGCACUACAAGCAUAUGUUUAACCCAAGAGGGACACAAAACUACCGCCUUCUGCUUCUUCAGCCUAUGAAAACCACUGAUGUCUGGAAAGGGAGACGGCCUCAAGGUUUUUGCAUAUUGACUUGCACCAUUUCUUUCAUUUUGCUGGAUGGAGGCAGGGCAGAGAGAGGAGCUGUCCUAAAAGCCUCAUCAGUGCAUGAUGGGCACCUCGUCACUGGAAGCCAUGGAGGACCUAAACUCGGUGACUGCUUUGAAGCGCAAAGUUCGACAGAGGAGAAAAACAAGUGAGAUUAUCCAGAGCCAGUUGCAGCAAAACUUCUCCUGCUCAGUACCUAGAGUAAAGAGCACUCUAACAGGUCUCUUCCCUGUAGUGCAAUGGCUUCCAAAGUACAAGGUAAAGGAAUACAUAUGGGGCGAUUUGAUGUCUGGGCUCAUAGUUGGCAUCAUAUUGAUACCACAAGCCAUUGCUUACUGUCUGCUGGCUGGCUUGGAUCCUAUCUAUGGCUUGUACACAUCAUUUUUUUCAAACAUCAUAUACUUUUUUAUGGGGACAUCAAGACAUGUAUCGGUGGGUAUAUUCAGCCUCAUGAGUCUGAUGGUUGGACAAGUUGUGGACCGAGAGGUCUAUCUAGCAGGUUUUGAUAUGAACGAAGACACUAAGCAAAAUGCAUUUGAUGUUGGAUUAAACGGAACUGGAGAAACCAACACCACAGGAGUCAACUUGAAGAUCAUGGCAUUGACUAUGGAAUGUGGAAAGGAGUGCUAUGCCAUUAGCAUUGCUACAGCUUUAACAUUACUUGCUGGGGUCUACCAGGUACUGAUGGCUGUGCUUAGGCUAGGGUUCAUCUCAGUUUAUCUCUCUGCUCCUAUACUUGAUGGCUUUGCCACUGGUGCAUCGUGCACAAUUCUCACUGUCCAGGCUAAGUACUUGCUUGGCCUUAAGUUCCCUCGCCACCAAGGCUAUGGCACUGUUGUGGUCACUUGGAUCAACAUCUUCAAAAACAUUCAAAAGACAAACUUUUGUGAUUUGAUAACAAGUGCCAUUUGCAUAACAGUACUGGUUGCAGGAAAGGAGCUCCAGGAUCGGUAUAAGGAUCGUUUAAAGAUACCACUGCCCACAGAACUGGUGGUAGUGGGAGUUGCCACUAUGGUUUCCCACUUUGCUGAUCUAAAUGGACAAUUUAGCUCUAGUAUCUCAGGUGCCAUUCCAACUGGUUUCAUCCCCCCAAAGGUGCCCAGUGUUGAACUGAUGCCCAGGGUAGCAUUUGAUGCAAUUCCAUUAGCUGUCAUCAGUUUUGCAUUUACCAUUUCCCUGUCAGAGAUGUUUGCUAAAAAGAAUGGUUACACAGUUAGGCCCAACCAAGAAAUGAUAGCAAUUGGGUUCUGCAAUAUAAUUCCAUCUUUUUUCCAUUCUUUCACUACAAGUGCUGCUCUUGCCAAAACAAUGGUGAAAGACUCAACAGGUUGCCAGACUCAGGUCUCCAGUAUAGUGAGUGCCUUAGUGGUUCUUUUGGUCCUCCUCUUUUUUGCACCAUUUUUCUACGCACUGCAGAAGUGUGUCCUCGCCUGCAUUAUCAUUGUCAGUCUGCGUGGCGCCCUGCGUAAAUUUCGAGAUGUACCUAAGCAAUGGCGUGCGAGUAAGAUUGAAGCAGCUGUCUGGAUGGUUACCAUGAGCUCAUCUGCUCUAAUUAGCGUGGAGCUUGGACUGCUGAUUGGAGUGGUCUUCUCCAUGAUUUGUGUAGUGGGCCAAACUCAAAAUCCUAAGGUUGCACUACUGGGACAAAUUGAACAAACCAAUGACUAUGAGGACAUGGAAGAAUAUGAUAAUCUUUUGCCAGUUCCAAAAGUGAAGAUCUACCGUUUUCAGGCCCUUCUCUUCUAUGCCAAUAAAGACUUCUUUCUAAAAUCAUUAUACAAAGCAAUUGAUCUUGAGCCAUUCCUUGAAAUAACCCGCAGAAGAAAGCUGGAGAAAAAAGGAAGAGAAAAAGCUAAAAAGAAGACUAAUGGACUGGAGCAAACAAAUGGAGAUGUUAGUAUAAACUUGAUUUCAAAAGAGAUUGAUUUCCAUACAAUCAUCUUGGACUGCUCCUCCAUCUCCUUAAUAGACACAACAGGAGUGAGCACCCUUAAAAUGGUAUUAAAAGACUAUAAGGAAGUUGGUGUGAGUGUAAUUCUAGCAUGUUGCAACACAACAGUAAUAGAUUCUUUAAGGAGAGGUUCUUUCUUUGGGGCUGGUGACAAAGACAUGGAAAGAUUGUCAUUCCAUACCAUCCACAGUGCUGUUUGUUUUGCCACUGGUAUGGCACAACCAGUUAAUGACUCACCUGUGUAAUGUGUCCACAAAUGGGACUUAACAGCAAAAAAUAUUUUCAUUAAAAACAUAAAGAUAAACCUAUGUCAUUCCUAAAACAUUCAAAUCUGGGAAAAUGUCCUCAUGUUAAAUGGGUUUAUGCACAGUAAAAAGUUAAAAUGUUGUCACUAGGGCAGUGGUAGCUCAGCAGUUAAGGCUCUUGGUUACUGAUCAGAAGGUCGGGGGUUCAAGCCCCAGCACUGCCAAGAUGCCACUGUUGGGCCCUUGAGCAAAGCCCUUAACCCUAUCUGCUCCAGGGGCGCCGUAUCAUGGCUGACCCUGCACUCUGACCCCAGCCUAGCUGGGAUAUGUGAAAAAGAAGAAUUUCACCGUAUAUGUGCAAAUGUAUAAUGUGUGAUAAAUAAAGAAAAUUAUUAUUAUAAUUAUACCUUAAGGAGCUAAAUGAGGUAUUUCUACCUAACUUGACCCUUAAAAUAACUUUUGUUGGUGUAACCUAAAGCAGUCAUUGAUUGUCAGUUGAGUAAUAUUUCUGACUUGAAUGAAAUAUGAAGCAAAUUUUCAGGUUACUCGAAAAAACUGCAUUUAUGGCUCAAAUUAAAUCUCUGUGAUGAAACAGGCAAAUAACAA